UAGCUAGGGGAAUAUGGGGAGCAUUUUCCUGCAGCUGGUGGCCGUUCUCGCGCUCUGCUUUGCACCGGCGAGGUCGGACUGGCUCCCGGGCACCGCCACGUUCUACGGCGGCGCCGACGGCUCCGGCACGAUGGGUGGCGCGUGUGGGUACGGCAACCUGUACGACCAGGGCUACGGCAUCAACAACGCGGCGCUGAGCACGGCGCUGUUCAACGGCGGCGCGUCGUGCGGGCAGUGCUACCUCAUCAUCUGCGACUACUCCAAGGCGCCCGACUGGUGCAGGCUCGGCAAGGCGGUCACCGUGACGGCCACCAACUUCUGCCCGCCCAACUGGGACCUCCCCAGCGACAAAGGCGGCUGGUGCAACCCUCCCCGCCCUCACUUCGACAUGUCCCAGCCCGCCUGGGAGAACAUCGGCAUCUACCAAGCCGGCAUUGUUCCCAUCCUCUACCAACAGGUGAAGUGCUGGAAGAGUGGAGGCGUGAGGUUCACUAUCAACGGGUUCAACUACUUCGAGCUGGUGCUGGUGACCAACGUGGCCGGAAGCGGGUCGGUAGCGAGCAUGUCGGUGAAGGGGUCCAGCACGGGGUGGAUCCAGAUGUCGAGGAACUGGGGCGCCAAUUGGCAGUGCCUCGCCGGGUUAGCCGGCCAGGCUCUCAGCUUCACGGUCACCUCCACCGGCGGCCAGACCAUCGUCUUCGACAGCGUCGUGCCGGCGGGGUGGUCGUUCGGCCAAACCUACAGCACAUACAAACAGUUCGACUACUAAGCUACUAUAGGUUCAGACGUACGCCAAGAACAUCAAGAUCGAUUGUCGUCUGAAAUCUGAUUAUCUGAUCGAUCGAGCAUUCGUACUUCGUUUCUUUUGUAAGCUGCAGAGAUCAACGACCGAGCAUUGCUUGUUGGGAUCAUUCAUUUGAUUGUUCAAUUGCUAAUUGACUGGUGUAACUGAAUUUGCA